AUGGGAGGUAGUAAGAAGCGUGUUGUCUCUAAACCUUCAUCUUCUCGUACUAUCGCCAAAGCAAAAAACAACAAAUCUGUUACCAUUGAAGCAUCGAUUGUGUCUUCCUACAAUGACCGGAUCAGGCCGUUGCUUGACACAGUGGAUAAGCUGAGGAACCUGAAUGUGAUGCGGGAAGGGAUCCAGCUUCCCACCAUUGUUGUGGUUGGAGACCAAUCCUCUGGAAAGUCGAGUGUUCUUGAGUCCUUGGCAGGGAUCAGCCUGCCCCGCGGGCAAGGAAUCUGCACUAGGGUUUCUCUUGUGAUGAGACUUCAAGGAAGUACUAGCCCUGAACCUGAGAUCUGGCUUGAGUAUAGUGACAAAGUUGUUCCAACGGAUGAGGAACACAUCACUGAUGCUAUUUCUGCUGCAACUGAUGUCAUCGCUGAUAUGUUCUGCCUCUCUCUCUCUCACUUCUCUUGCUUCAUCAGCAAGAUUAGAUUAUUGUGA